AUGGCGGAAACUAUGCAGAAACCUCCAAGCACACAUGCCCGCCCGAACAACCCUAGUAUCAACUCUCCGCCGAAGCGAAGACCACCGAAGCUCCGAAGGAACUUUCCCCUUGCUACCGAAGCGUUUGGGAAAGACAAUAAAUCCAACAAGGACCCCGAUCUCAGACAGGUCUCUGGUGAUACUGACGGGGACUUGACAAGCAUUGGCCACGAGUCGGCUGUGGACGACAAGUACAUCAGUGAGCCAGAGUCUUUCAUAGCCGAAACAGAACCCCAAGGCGGUCUUCAGAGAGCAGCUCAGCCGUCAGCUACACAAACAGGCGUGAUUGAUCGCCCAAGUACUGCCCCUAUCGAAAAUUGGCAUAGGCGGGUACGCGGUAGGCGUGGAAACCAACAACUGGCUCCGAUCGAAUCGGAUAUUGCCGGCAGGACAGUGGAUAGCGCAGUAGGUGCCGUUCAGGAGGUGAGCUCGAAAGCUAUCAGUUCCGCUGGUAACACAGCUAGCAAGGCCUUGGGGGAUGUGGUUGGAGUAUCUCAGGGUGAGCCGAAAGGCAAGGAUGAGCAGGUGAGGUUACGGCUAGAUUUGAAUCUGGACAUUGAGGUGCAGCUCAAGGCAAAAAUACAUGGGGACCUCACUCUACAGUUGCUGUAA